AUGAAUCGUCUACCGCCGGUAUCAAGCCUUAUGUCUCCGCCAGAGAUGAAAUCUCUCGACAGUUUCAACCAGUCUCUGUCUCCCUGCCACUCGCAACUGCCUUCAUUCGAUGAGAAUAAUACCCUUCCUCCCAUCUCUGCCGACAGAAAACGCACCCAAUCUGAGAUGGAUCUUCCCUCGCCACCCGUUACCCCAUACGUUGGGAACAAGAAAAAGUCAGAUAUCCACGAUCAUAUCGAGAGGGAUGUUAUCGCUGUUUCUACAAAAGACCCAGUCCUCUUCCCUCAGAACGAUACAGAUAUUCUACCUGAUGAGCCGCUCUUUGGCCCGCAAUUGGCUCUGGUCGCUGAGGGCUUGGUGGAUAAACACAUGGCGACCCAGAUGAUAAGAUUCCAGGACAAAAAGAACAAGCCAACUCGCAAAGAAUACAUUUUUGCCUUGUCCUGCGUCCCAAUCGUUGGGAAACAAUAUAACCAGAAUCCUGGUGCCUGGGCCAUGAAGGAGAGAGAAUUCCUGGAUCGACAACUGUCAGUGACUAAGCGGGUUGGCCACGAGACCGUGAUGAAAUUAAAAACGAUCGCUCCAGCGCCUGCAAAGAGGACUUCUAACGGCAGUGGUGCGCGAGCCCCACGACCCCGACCGCGGCGUACUCCCAAAUCUACCCCAAGACAACGAGUCUACGAUUCUUUCGAUAUCGCCACCCCAGCCCCGAAACCUGCUCGAGUCAUUGGAACCAAUCGUGAUGAUACGGAUUACAGGUCACUGCCAGAUUAUUGCCCUUCCAUUGAAACCCUCCGAGGAAAUACAAAGGGAUUGAAGGCAGACUGGAAGGGACAAAUGCUGGAUCUUACAAAUGACCCAGAUCGCCACGAACUCGACCCCGCAGAAGUGGGUCUCGCCGCCACCCUUCGUCUAUCGUGCGCUACCUAUCUCUGUAGCAAACGACGCAUCUUUGAAGCGCGUCUCAACGCCCUUCGCAUUGGUAAAGAAUUCCGCAAAACUGACGCCCAGCAGGCUUGCAAAAUCGACGUCAAUAAGGCGAGCAAGUUGUGGACGGCGUAUGAAAAGGUUGGCUGGUUCAAUAGGGAGUACUUUCGGCAGUAUCUCUAA